UGUUUGGAGAAACUGAUGUCUUUGGACACGUAUGAGGUGACUCUGCUACGUGAAGGUUUUGAAGAAAAUGGGGAGGAUGGAUAUAUUAGGCGUCAGUGUAACACAGUUCUGGUACGAGGUCCGUGUGGAACCAUGGUGAUAAACCCGGGCUCACCUUGGGAUGGUCCGGCCCUGAUCGAAGCUCUUAAAAAACACGGAGUCGCUGACCCAUCAUUGGUCAAGUAUGUUAUCUGCACCGAUGGAAGAGCUACACACGUCGGAUGCCUCAGUUUAUUCACUAAAGCAGAGAUGGUUAUUGUUGGUCACGACAUUCAAAAGCCCGGGAAUGUUUUCAUUCAACACGACUUCAUGGAUGACUCUGUUCCAUUUGAAUUCGAUGAGAACCUUUCUGUUAUUGGCACUCCCGGGCUGAUGGAUCAACAGGUGACAGUCUUUGUAAAAGGUAUCAUCACACCUCAUGACUCCUUUGGUGACGAGGUGCCCAAAACUCCUGUAUCAAUUGCUAUCACGGGAUCGAUUUUUGCCGACGAGGAGGACGCUGCCCGAACUGGUGUCUUCCAUGGCAGCUACUUUCCUUCCGAUUUUCGCGGAGAUGCUAAUUCCGGUCUCUCAAUUUGGCGUCAAAGUCGUGAUCGUCUACUUGAGAGAUCUGAGUGGAUUUUUCCAGCUUUUGGCCCACUCUCCGCUAUGCCGAACGUGAUAUCAGCUGCAUUUGCAAGGGCUCUCAAGUCCCCCAAUAUGAAUCUACCCUCAGCCUUUCUAAAAAUAUUUGUCUUCCGUCUUUUCAACCGUCCGCUAAAUCGGUAUGCAGUGGAAAAGUGUGAUCUCAAACCAGGUCACUGUGUAUUGGAUGUGGGCUGUGGUCUGGGUGUCGGAAUUUACUAUGCGUUAAAACGUGUCGCCCCGCUCACCAUCUCGUACCUACGAUUUAAUCUGCCGGGUCGCAUCUUUGGACCCCAGUGGCUCGCACGCCUCGGUCUUGCUCCUCUCAAGGUCUCUACACCCCUCGAUAAAGACGGUAUCGUACAUGGCCUUGACACCUCCAUGGAGAUGGUUCGACUGUCAAAGGCCCGUCUCAGUUCCUUUGUCAAGGCGGAGCGGGUCGUCCUUCACCAUGGUAGUGCUCAAAGCAUACCGCUUCAAAAUGCCAGUGUGGACGCCUGCUUUCACGUCGACUCCUUCUACUUUUGGCCGUCGUUGGAAGAGGCGCUGGAGGAGGUGUUGCGAGUUCUGCGACCUGGUGGAGUGGUGGUGACUACCUUCAAUCCACGUCACCUUAAUCGGCUCAUGCGGUGGGGUUGGAUGCGCUAUGCUCGGCCUGACGUUCUGGCCUACGCCAUGACGCUGGAGUCGGUUGGUUUCUGCGAUGUAGAAUGGAUUAAAGAUGACCCCCAGGCGCCGACUGGUGUACAGUGUAUUAGGGCACAUAAGCCACCGCUUAAACUUUUGUCUUAG